UGCGUUUUGCACUUUCCUCCCGGUUAUUUACUUUGUCGAAGGCGGUGUGCUCGAAGGACUUUACCGCGAACAGUAAUGCGGUGUUUGUGCGUAGAGUAGCCGCGCGGACCCGCACAGCGAGCAGAUGCGGCUGUUGCCAUGACGUGUCCCGGGAAGCGGAGGCUUCAGGCGGCGUUGGUCUUCCUGUCUGUGGCUCAGUUGACCGCAGGUCUGAGGUGUGUGUGCCAGCUGUGCAUCAACCACACCUGCGAGACGGCAGCAGAUGGGGCCUGCUGGAACUCUGUGAUGUUGAUUAACGGGAAGGAGAAAGCAGUCAAAUCUUGCCUGUCGCCUUCGGAUCUAAAGGGCCAAGUCUUCUGUGCCAGCUCCCGUAAUGUCUCCAAGAGGAACUGUUGCUUCACUGACUUCUGCAACAAUGAAACUCUGCAUCUUUACCCAGAAAGGCCUUUAGAAGAAUCCGGAUGGAGCAGACUGGAGCUGUCCGCGGUGAUCCUGGUGCCCUCCUGCCUCCUCUGUGUGGGAAUCCUGCUGGGUGUGUUUGCCGCACUGGGUCACCGCUGCGCCUACAGCAGAACCCACAAGCAGGACCUAGAAGAACCACUGGAUGACCAGCUGCUCAUGUCACCUGGCAAAUGUCUCAAAGAUCUAAUCUAUGACAUGAGCACAUCAGGCUCUGGUUCAGGGCUGCCACUGCUGGUUCAGCGAACCAUCGCUCGGUCCAUCGUCCUGCAAGAGACCAUCGGGAAGGGUCGAUUUGGGGAGGUGUGGCGGGGAAAGUGGCGAGGAGAAGAUGUGGCUGUGAAGAUCUUCUCCUCGAGGGAUGAGAGGUCCUGGUUCCGUGAGGCAGAAAUCUAUCAGACUAUCAUGCUUAGACAUGAGAACAUCUUGGGCUUCAUUGCUGCAGACAACAAAGACAAUGGCUCUUGGACACAGCUGUGGUUGGUGUCAGAGUAUCAUGAGCACGGCUCGCUGUUUGACUACCUGAACAGAUACACCGUGUCCGUGGAAGGCAUGAUCGUUCUGGCUUUGUCCGUAGCCAGUGGCCUGGCGCAUCUUCACAUGGAAAUCAUUGGCACGCAAGGGAAGCCUGCGAUUGCUCACAGGGAUAUAAAGUCAAAAAAUGUGCUAGUGAAGAAGAAUGGCAUGGCGGUCAUUGCAGAUCUGGGUUUGGCAGUGAAACAUGACUCCAGCACUAACUUUAUAGACAUACCGUCCAACCACAGAGUUGGAACAAAAAGGUACAUGGCCCCAGAGAUCCUGGACGAAACGAUCAAUAUGAACAACUUUGAGUCAUUCAAGCGGGCAGAUAUCUACUCGUUAGGCCUGGUGUUCUGGGAAUUGGCUCGAAGAUGCUCCUUCAGGGGAUUUCAUGAGGAUUUUCAACUGCCUUUUUAUGACCUGGUGCCUUCUGAUCCAUCCAUCGAAGACAUGAGGAAGGUGGUGUGUGAACAGAAACUGAGGCCCAACAUACCGAACCAGUGGCAGAGCUGUGAGGUUCUACGUGUGAUGGGCAAACUGAUGAGAGAGUGUUGGUACGCCAACGCCCCUGCUCGACUCACCGCUCUACGGGUGAAGAAAACGGUGUCUCAGCUGUCGGUCAUCAAGGAUGUCAAAGAUUAGUUUGAUUUGUUUUUAUGCAGAUCAGCACUGGUGCUGGCACUGGUGCCAACAACCUGACUGAGUUACUGGGAGCAAGCGCGGACCAGUGUCCUGUGCAAUGGCCAACACUGCCCUCUACUGGACACUGUUUACCCUCAGCGCAUUAUCAGGUGACUGAAGGUACCAAAGUUCAGUGGGACAUUUUUAUGGCACCAGUUUGACCCAAGCAGCUCACAUUUGGUUAGGAAGGGCCACAUGACAUAAGAAUGUGUAUAAAGUAUAUUUAGAUUAUUUUUCUACCUCAAACAAUAAAGUGCCCAAAGCUUGAAUUGCACAUUGAGAUGUUUUGUGCCAUAUCCUAUA